AUGAGUGUCCAUCCUGAAUCAUCCGAUAGGUCUGCAACGACGUCAUCGGCUGACCUUGCAAAUCUGAGAGCUCAACUGAGUGAAGUGUUAAAUAAAUUCAGUGAAUUAAGCAGGGAGAUGACUGCACAACGGCGCGUGAUUGAUCAGUUGGUUGCUGGUAGUGGUAGCGGUGUCCAGCAUGAUCCCCUACCUGUUAGUCAAACUGAACCGCAACCACUACCCCUACCCUAUAUUCAAACCUCUUUUGCUCCACAUGUCGUAAACCCACCUGAUCUGAACAUGUCCCUUGAAUCUCAAGAACUAUAUUAUUAUUUUACUGCGAAACCAUUUACGCUAGACACCGCUGCCCAAGGGAAAGUUGAAGUAGGAGAAUCCUCCGCGCCAAUUGACAAGAAUUUGUUAAAGAGGUUGAAUCGAUUUGACGAAUUCAUUAGGAAGAGUCAAGGAAAGCCAAUAGAUGACGAGAAUUUGCCAGUUCGAUUGUUUCCUGAAAGUUUAGAAGGGGAUGCACUGGAUUGGUACUCCAAUUUGAAACCUGAGGAGAUGAGGACAUGGGUGGAUUUAUCAACCGCUUUUGUAAGACAAUAUGAGUAUAAUUGCGAGUUUGCUCCGACGAGGAUCACACUUGAGAAGAUUAAAAGGAAGCCAUCUGAGCAUCACAAGACAUAUGCGAAGCGAUGGAGGAAAUUGACUGCCAAGGUGGAACCUCCUAUGAAUGAAGAAGAAAUUGUUCGUACGUUUAUCAAAACUCAUGACCUACCAUAUUUUGAGAAAAUUUUUCACAUGACUGGAUGUUCAUUUGUAGAAAUUAUUAACAAAUUGGAGGAGUAUGAUGAGUUCGCAAGAGCGGGGGAGAUUGUUAAUGUGUCAGCUCUGAAAUCACAAUUAGAAGCAUUGCAAAAUCAAAACAACAGUAGCAAGAAACCUCAGUUCAAAAAGAAAGAAGGGGAAGCUGUAUUUGUUUGGGACCAAGGCCUUUCUUCCCGACCUAGAUACCAACAAUAUCCCACCUAUCCACCCCGUUAUCCAUAUUAUCCACGCCCUCAACCUGUUUAUCAUACCACUAUUAACCACCCUCGACCCCAAUCAAAUUACCCAAACACAUUCGCAACACCAUUUUAUAUUUCUCCACCUAAUUUUCAAACUAGACCUCGCCCUACUUAUAAUCCAAUAUCUGCUUUACCAGCUAACCAGAACUACAACUAUCAACAAACCAAUGACACCCAAAACCCAACUCUAUACAGAACUUUUACUAAUCUAGAUCGGCCCAUUGAUCAGUUAUAUGAACAACUCAAAACUGCAGGAAAAAUUGGUACGAUACCUCCUAAAGUCUAUCCUAGAGGGUUUCCUCUUGGUUAUAAUCCUCAAUCCUUUUGUGCUUAUCAUUCUGGAGCUCCUGGAUAUUUCACUACCAAUUGUUGGGCACUUAAGCAUAAAAUUCAAGAUAUGAUUGAGGCCGAAGACAUAGUUUUAAGAAGGAGAGAAGAACAAGGACCGAGUAUCAAGGAACCAAUUCAAUGCAUUGUGGAUGAAACUGAGAUAAUAGGGGUCAUUGGAGAACCCUUCAUACUGGAAGAAGAAACCUCCGAGGUCACGAAAAAUGUUGAUCCUUUUAUUUUAGAUUUAAUACCUUUUGAAUGUGAGUUUUCAGAGCUUGUGAUACUUGAAUUCCCUGAACAAACGCCUGUUCUUAACCUACAAGAAGUCCCACGGAAUUAUAGUGAGCCUAUUUUAUUGAUUGGAGGAGAAAAAAUGCCAAAGAAAGAGGUGGUUGCCGUCAUCAGAUCUGAAAGAAUUAUAAGUGAACCUGCAGUUAGUGAGCCAUCCAAAGCAAAGGAAAAUGCCGCGCCAACAAGACCAGCUAUGAUUGAAGAAGAGACAUUCAAUUUUCUUAGGAUGUUGAAGAAAAAUGAGUAUAAAGUGAUAGAGCAAUUGGACAAAAUGUCUGCUCAAAUUUCUAUGUUGAAUCUGCUCUUAACUUCGGAACUUCAUAGAGAAACUCUACUCAAGGUGUUAACUGAGACUCAGGUGUCUAAGAAUAUUUCGGUUGACAAGUUCACUCAUGUAGUCUAG